UGUGAUUUCAUCCAUCUGUGAAUGUCGUGCUGAGCAGAUCGGGCCUAUCGGGCCGAAGUCGUCCGACGAAAGUGGCAUGACAAGUGACACCCCACCGGCUACCAACACAUUUCGGACCCCAGCCCUACCGCAUAGGGAAUGCGUGCAUGGGGUGAGUGUGAUCAUGAUGGCAGAGAGGUGCGCCCAGUCAAGAAGAAGGCUGUCUCCAAGGCUUCGGCAGCAUCCUUUCAGGCUGCCUCCGCUUCUUUGGAUGACGAGCUUGACAAGUACUUUGGCAAGGAAGCACCAGCUCCAUGCGUAGAGUCGUUGAAGCCAGAAGAGAUGCAGGACAGAAAGGUUGCCGCAAUGCUGCUGCGCAGCGCCCGCACAAAGGUUUGCUGCAAGACGCCUGGAUUUGCGCGAAAGCAUGUUAAGGUUGAGGAAGCAGAAGAGAAGGGCCUGACUGCCUACCUUGAAGAGGAGGCUCAUUUGGACAUGCGUGUCAACAAGCGCUUGCUGGCAGGUGAAGUGUCGCAAGCUCGUAGCUUCAACAAGCGAGCGGGUGUUGAGCCUCUUCCAGCGGUUGUGCAGGAGACAGCGCCCCUGACGUUGCAAGAGCGAGAGGCAAAGGCGCUGGAGCUGGAGUAUGUGAGAAGCUCGCAUCGUUUGCGCGGCACCAACGGCAGCACCGCCAACAUUGCAGCACCGCUGCGCAAGAAGCAGCGUGUGGGCACCCAAGGGGAACUCUUGGACUUGGCUGCCUUAGAGAGAGAAGCCAGAAGACAAGCUGAUGAGGAUGUGGCACUAGUGAAUCCUGUCCUGCGGCCUCCACCAAAGCUGGUGAAACGGAUUGCAGUCAAAAUUAACCGCUAAAUACAAAUUCAUAUGUACAACAAAAUAAAUGAAAUGAAUAUAUUAUUAUUACAAAUUCAAAAAUUCUAAAUCGAUAAAACAUGAUAAAACAUUUAUGCCCAUAUGCAUUUUCC